CCCAAACGUUACGUGUGGGCGCUAGCGCGUGCGUUCGCGUAACAUACUAAUACUAUUCUAUCGUACACGCACGUCGCCGUCGUCGUCGUCUUCGUCCCGUAAUAUAUUAUUAAUAUAGUGCGUUCGCACCGUGUUGUUGAACCGCCCGUUCGCAGUACCGGAUAAAAUAAUAAGACAUCGCGCGUCGGGUCCCAUCGGGCACGCACAGUGUAGUUGUUGUGUACGGGCCGAAGAAAGGAAAAAAAGCACACUGCCUGGCGGACGAUGCCGCCAACGCGAUCCGUUAUCACGCAGCCCGUUAUCAGCGCGUGAAACAACGUUUUAAUUUUAAAAAAAAAAUUUCCUCAGACUCGGCCGCGCGCGUCUCAAUUUCUCCACCGUCGGUCCCGUUUCCGCGACGUUCGCGCGCGUGUGCCCAAGAGCACAGUAGCACGUACCGUAACACAUCGCCGCCGCCGCCGCUGCGCGCCCGCCGAACGCCGCCGCGCGCACGACGACGACGACAACCACCACACGAUGCCGUCGCACAUGAACUGUUGUUUUAACAAAUGCACCAACUCGAGCCGGAGCACGCAGAACCUGUCGUUCCACAAGUUCCCGACCAACGAGAGCCUGUGUAAACAAUGGGUCGAUCUGUGUCAGAACGACAAAGUCAUCCAGAAGUUCAAGAACCACGGUUCCAGCCAGGUGUCAAAGAGUUUCAGGAUAUGUUCCGAACACUUCAAGCGGGAGGACUAUGUGCUGUGGACUUCGAAAAAGAAGGUGUUGCACAAAGGAUCCAUUCCGACAGGACAACAGCUAAUAAGUCCAAAAACGACACACACGAACAUUACCAAUUGGAGUGAUAUGAUCACCGAGGAAGACGAAGCAGUCGCCAACAACGCAACUUGGAGUCCACGCGGAACCCCAAAUUUUGAUCUAUCUGGCUCAGUUGUGUAUUUUCUAGUACCUGAGCAGGCUUUAUCAAUCAUUUGGUAAUAAUUUCAAAAGAUAUUGUUGAUCAUACAAUUGCUCCAUUAAUUAAUAUUGUUUCACUGUAAGAAGAUAAUCAAUUUUUUGUUGAUUAUAGAAUCUAUACUUAAAAUUAGAAGACAACC